CGUUGUCCAAUACACUCCAAAUACCUUGUUUUUUUCUUUCUUCUUUACAACUUGUAAUAACACAUUUAUAACUACAGCUGGUUGCAAAAUCCUUAACGAUCACAACAACCUCUCUCUCUCUCUCUCUCUCUUUAAUUUCUUUCUUUCUCUCCCUCCCUACAAUGGGAAUUAUUGAUCAUAAGAGCAAGAAAGAAGAAGAACAGUACCCAAUGAUCUCAAAACCCUUGAGAUCGAUUCUCUUACAAAAGGGUAGUUAUUUCUUAAGCUCGCUCUUCUUUGUAGUCGGUUUCUCGGUUGGUCUCUUCCUUUGUCUGCAACUAAAAGCCUUACACAUGUCUACCACGACGACACAACGACAACCCUUAUGGUCUACAUUACUAUUCAACCACACCACAACAACGAUGGACAUCAUAGGAGAGUUGCCACUACGAGUACUUCAACACAACAUGAGUGAUCAAGAACUAUUCACCAAGGUCGCGUCAUUAUCAUCAUCACCACCAUCAUCCUUAUCAUCAUCAUCAUCGUGGUUUGGGAGGAGACAUAAUAAUAAUGAUGGGAAGAUGGUGGUGAAGGUGGCUUUCAUGUUCAUGACAGGUGGAAGACUUCCAUUGGCUGGCUUGUGGGAGAAGUUCUUUGAAGGACAUGAAGGGUUUUAUUCCAUAUAUGUCCAUACUACUAAUCCAUCUUUUCAAGAUUCUUUCCCAGAAACUUCUGUCUUCUAUUCAAGAAGAAUCCCAAGCCAGCCAGUGUAUUGGGGAACAUCAUCAAUGAUAGACGCAGAGAAAAGACUAUUAGGCAACGCUCUUCUCGACGAAUCGAACCAAAGAUUUGUCCUCUUAUCCGAUUCUUGCAUCCCACUCUACAAUUUCACAACCAUCUACGAUUACUUAACCGGCACAAAUCUCAGCUUCAUUGGCUCGUUCGACGACCCAAGAAAAUCAGGUAGAGGACGUUACAACCGUAAUAUGUAUCCGCAAAUCAACAUCACACAUUGGCGAAAAGGAUCGCAAUGGUUCGAAACAACUCGAGAGCUUGCUCUCCAUAUCAUCGCAGACACGUUCUACUACAAAAUAUUCGAUCAGCAUUGUAAACCGCCUUGUUACCUGGACGAGCAUUAUAUCCCAACUCUAGUUCACAUGUUGCAUGGAGAGAUGUCCUCGAACCGGACCUUGACUUGGGUUGAUUGGUCGAAAGUCGGUCCACACCCUGGUCGGUUUAUUUGGCCUGAUAUAACCGAUGAGUUUCUUAACCGGAUCCGGUUAACCGACGAGUGUGUCUAUCAUGGCCGCGGUGGAGAGAACAUUACAACUACGAAGUGUUUUUUAUUUGCGAGAAAAUUCACAGCCGAGACUUUAGAACCAUUGUUAAGAAUUUCGCCUUUUUAGUUCUUGGUUUUGGUCCAUAAUUGUUAACUUUUUUUUUUUAAUUUUCAGUUAGUAAAUACUAUAUAGAGAGUAUUAAGCUAAAGAAUGUAUUUUAGAAGUUUAUAUUAAUCAGUUAAUUAAUAAUAUUUUAUCUUAUCUA